AUGAAACGAACUUGGGAGGCUACAGGUCAGGAAUACGCCCCACAUCCUCCCGCAAAUCAACACAACGAACCCUUGUGGACACAGAUGCCCUCUCACCCUUACGCACAGGCUUACUCGUCAAUGUCUAACCCUUUCACACCCCAGACUCUUCAAGGUGCUCUCAACGGUGGUUCGGCCUACGAUCCAAACCUCUAUCCAUCGCCGCAGAUCCCAGCAGAAAAGAGAUCGAGGAUGUCCGAGGCGCAAGAGUAUGGUUUGAACCAUGAGGAGACCGACGGCGAAGAGGAUGACGACGAUGAGGACGAGGAUGGCGACGAAGGGCCUGAUGGGAGUGGCAAAGGUACUCCGGCAGGAAGGAAACGUUCUCAGAAGAAUUCUGAUUCGAAGAAGGUGAAAUUGACCAGAGGAUCCAGAGCUUGCAUCGCCUGUCGAAAGAUAAAGAUGAGGUGCGUUCCAGAUGAAAGUCCUGGACCUAAUGGGCCUUGUCGAAGAUGCAAGGUUGGCGGACAUGAGUGCGUGUUCGAAGAAUCAAAUCGAGGAAAGCGGAGUACGAAGAAGAACGAGGCUUUAGCUGCUAAAGUGGGCAAGAUGGAGGCUGCUUUGCAGAGGAUAGGCGCAACGUUGAGCAAUCUUGAUCAAACAUCACUCAACUCCUUCUCAACAGCACUGCAUUCCGUCACUUCCGAUCCCGAGAUCAUUCAGAUCAUUACUUCUCACACUUCCCCGGCCGCUGUACCUACCCUGGCCGUAGCUAUGAACCGACCUACGUAUCCGCCUGCACCCGAUUCAUAUUCUGGCUCAUACGACAUGCACAACGGCAGGGGGGAAGACUCUGCUCAUCAACCGCCCCUGUCACCUCGCCUUCAUUCUCUUCCUGACAACGUUCUCUCACCUCUUGGGCUGCUUGCAGAAGCGAGCUUACAAAAUACCGAUCCUGGUGGUAGAAAGCAUCAUCGCAGUCUCUCUGGAUCCAAGCCGGCACACCGACCCUCGCCCUUGAGUUUCAACGAAACCAGUGGGUACAGGAUGGCCACGAGUAGCGUUCGAGGCGGCAACGGCGAAGACGAGCUCGAGAGCGAGGACAGGGGAGGCGUGGCAUCGCAGAAUUACUUUCGGCCAGGAGCGGCACACAUACCCAUGGCCGGUGUGGACGACGAUCGUGUGCCAGAACCGUUGACAAUCAUGUCACGGGAAGAAAUGGCAGAACUUUUUGAUAUCUUCUUCGAUCAUAUGUCUCCCCAUGUUCCUCUUUUGUAUCGCGACUUCCACACACCUGACCUCGUCCUGCAACGAAGCCAGUUUCUUUGUACCGUCAUUUGCGCCAUUUCUGCCAGAUACUAUACCAAAAACCCGGAUCUCCACGCCCGAUUGUCGGCACAUGCUAAACGAUUGGCAUUCGAAGUCCCAUCACGGGGAUACAAAAGUGUCGAAGUUUGCCAAGCCUAUCUACUUCUCUCCCUCUGGACGCUGGGACCUGAAAAGACGUUUGAGCAAGACCGCACAUGGCUCAUGCUUGGUAUGGCGAUCCGUAUGGCCACGGAUCUCAAUCUACAUCGAAAGUCCGUUGUGUCCGGACUUGACACUGACGAAGGUCGAGCUCGUGAUUUGGAAAUCAUCAAUCGCGAACGCACAUGGUUAUUAUGCUUCAUCCUCGAUCGAUCUAUCUCGGCGCAAAUGGGCAAACCGUAUACUCUCCGCGAGGAUUACAUCAUCCGUAAUGCAUGUGAGGCUUCAUGGCAUCAACAACGAUUCUCUCUUCCCUCCGACCGAGCCCUGGCGGCGUAUGUCGUGUUGCAGCAGAUCAUGUCGAGGGUAAUUGAUUCGAUUUAUUCGUCUACGACUACGAUCUCCGGUCUACGACAGGAUUGUGAUUACCUGCUGAUCGUCCGUUCAGCACAUGAGGAGCUGCGUCGUUGGCUGACGGAAUGGAACAAACCAGAAUCAUUUGCUUCAGGAGAUUCAAAUGUGGAAUAUGAUUCCCGCGCCCAAUUCUACUACGCCUACUCGUCUCUUGUUCUCUACUCCUUUGGACUGGAAAAUGCGGUGGAUCGAGCUAAAACCGACAUUUCAUUCUUCCUCACAAACGUGUAUGAAGCCGCCACCCGUGUGUGUACCGUCGUGAAAGAAGAGUUCCUUCACAAGGGUUAUCUGCCUUAUUUGCCGGACACGAAUUUUGUCAUGUGUAGUUAUGCGCUAUUAUCAUUGUUGAAAUUGCUCAAACCGGAAUUACAACCAUAUCAUGAUUCUGAAGAGGCCAUUUUUAAGCUUGUCUCGGAAGUAGAAAACAUCCUCGAAUCAUGUGCCGUAGAUCCUUCACACCAACCGGCCAUUUACGCAGCUUUCAUACGUGAAAUCGUACGCAAAACUCGGGAACUUCGCAGAGGUCCUAGUGCUCAACCUAGUCGAAUGAGCUCACCGGACGUGAUGGGCAAUGGGGAUCCGACGGGACAACAGGGCCAAGUGUACGACCCUCAAUUGAUGGAUCAAGCUUGGUCGCAAUCUCAAUCUGACGUGGAAACUGCUCAAUUUCAGUUCAUCCCCCAGGGAGGUGAUAUGAUGAUCCUCCCAUCAGCCGCUGGUCCUUCACAAUCAAUGCAAAGUUCCCCAGCUGCUCAUCUCCUUCCUUCGACAUACAACAUCCCAACUCCUCAAGCUCAAAAUGCCGGAUGGGCGGAAUACUUACCUACAUUCAUGAGUUCCGACGGGUUUGACGGAUGGGAUGGAUCAAUGUUGUUACCUGGUUUCGGUCGAGGUCAAAUCACUUUGUCGGGAGGUUUGUUACAUUCACAAUAUGGUAGUGGGAUCAUAACACCUGCUCAACAUACACCCAGUCAGAGCAGAGCAGCAAGCAGAGUGGCUAGUAGGGCUCAAUCACCUUUGUAA